GCUCCGUUCCCGCGCGGCGGGCGCAGGGUUGAGGCAGCGCCGCACGAUGGAGGCGGCCGGGGCCGCCGAGGAUGCCGCUCGGGCCGCCGCUCAGGCCGAGGCGCCGCCGCCCGGAACCGCCGCUGCCGCUCCGCGCCGGCUGCUGGCGCUGCUGGGCGACAAGCUGUGCACCUGGCAUAUUUUGAAAACAAUUCUUCUGGGCCAGAUGCUGUCCUUGUUUAUCUGUGGGACUGCUGUUACAAGCCAGUACCUGGCAGAACAGUACCAAGUGAAUACUCCAAUGUUUCAAAGUUUUAUCAACUAUUCUUUGCUUCUUCUAGUUUAUACAACAAUGCUGGCGUUUAGGACUGGCGGUGACAGUCUUCUUCAAAUUCUGAAGCAGAGGUGGUGGAAGUAUAUUCUUUUGGGACUGGCUGAUGUUGAGGCCAAUUACAUGAUUGUAAAAGCCUACCAAUACACGACUCUCACGAGCGUACAGCUACUGGAUUGUUUUGGGAUUCCUGUGCUGAUGGCUCUGUCCUGGUUCAUUCUCCGUGCAAGGUACCGGCUGAUCCAUUUCAUUGCGGUUGCUGUCUGCUUGCUGGGUGUCGGAACAAUGGUGGGUGCUGACAUUUUGGCAGGGAGGCAGGACAGUGAAGGAAGUGACGUGGUGAUUGGAGAUGUCUUAGUUCUUCUGGGUGCUUCUUUGUAUGCCAUAUCUAAUGUGAGUGAGGAAUACAUUGUGAAAAAUCUGAGCAGAGUCGAGUUUCUAGGAAUGGUGGGCUUGUUUGGGACUAUUAUCAGCGGUCUACAGCUAGCCAUUCUGGAACAUAAGGAUAUAAUGAAAAUUCAAUGGAACUGGAAAAUUGCAUUACUGUUCAUAGUAUUUGCCCUGUGUAUGUUUGGGCUGUACAGCUUCAUGCCAGUAGUGAUUAAAGUUACGAGUGCAACCUCGGUCAACUUGGGCAUUCUUACUGCAGACCUCUACAGUCUUUUCUUUGGACUCUUCUUGUUUUACUAUAAAUUUUCAGGUCUUUAUAUCCUGUCCUUUGUCAUCAUCAUGGUGGGCUUCAUCCUGUAUUGCUCAACUCCAACUCAGACUGCAGAGCCCACCACCGUGCCACAGCCACGCAGUGCUGGCUUGGACAACGCUGCUCUGAAGCUUGAUGAAAAUGACAGCGAAACACCAGCUGUAACCGUACAGUUUACGAGAGGAGAAUCCGUGGUGGUCAGUACUGAUUGAAAAAUGGAGCAUUUCAAAACAGAGCUUUUAUUUUAUUGCCAAAAUUUCCUUCAAAUAUUAAUCUGGAGAACUAUUCUACUGCCAGAGCGUAUGUUGUACUGGGCUGUUUUUAAUGCACUGAAUAAACUUUAAAGGCCAGAUCCUCAAUCAGUGGAACUAUAUCGAUUUUAUCCUGCAGAGAAUCUGGCCCUUCGAAGAAGACAGAAUAAUAUUUAUGUGGUGUCUCUACAAGGUGAGAGACAGUUAUUUUUAAAUGCUUAAUUAGCUUAGCAGCAAAUGCAGCUUGGGGAGAAAAACUAAGCCAAAGAAAGUUCUCAGGUCACUAAAUGGAGUAGAUAUGCUUUAUAUUGUGCUAGGGCAAGGGGAAAUGGUUUUAAGUUAAGGGAGGGGAGAUUUAGGUUGGAUGUCAGGGGGA